GGAAAAUUUCGCGUCGCGCCGGUGCGGUGUCCCUCUGGCGGCCACAUGGCCCCGACAGCAUGCACUCGGUCAGCUUCCACUUUGUUUUUGGAUCCACGCGCGGCAAGCCAUGCAUGACAGCGCCGACUCGGUCAAGCAGGGAGUGCUCUUCAAGCGGGGAGAAGGCGGCUUCCUGAAGCGAAAAACGUGGAAGCGGCGGUACUUUCAACUGUGCGAUGCCGAGCUGCGGUACUACGACACAUUGAACGGCGUCGAGAAGGGCAAGGUGCUGCUCUCGACCGACGACUUUGUCGAGAUCAUGCCGAAAGACUGCCCGAAAACUGGCGACUCGGCCUCGACGCAGUGGCGGCUGGCACUGCACACCCCUACCAGGCGCUUCCUCCUCUCGGCCUCGACCGAGUUUGACAUGUACAGGUGGGCGGAAGCCAUCGCGCGAGCUGUUGAGACAUCUCCGCGUAAACCGUCCAUGCAUACAACGUCACCACCGUCGAGAAUGCGCGCCACGAUGUAAGCCUCGACCAGGCCGUAAUUACACUUGUCCAUCGAUUGCGUUGACACG